AUGAACUGUUCCACUUCCUUAACAGACAUUGUGAACGCGAUGUCCUCUCGUGGUGAGCUGCCAUUGGAACUGGCACUUCGUGGCCGAAGUGCUUCCAUAGCCACAACGCUGUUACAACAUUGUGCGGAUGCGGAUGCCCGCGGUCCUCGCGGCAGGACGCUCUUACACAGAGCAGUUGACGCCAGAGACUCAUUCUCCGCCAAGUUCCUAAUUGAUAAUGGAGCUGAUCCCAGUCUUACUACUAAGGAGGAAGGGGAUACUGUGUUGCAUCUCAUAGCGUCACUAACUAAUAGCUCGUGCGAUCAAGAAACAAUGGAUCAAAUGAUUGAAAUAGCGGGAAUAGCUGUACAGAAGGGAGCAGAUAUUAACAGACAAAACAGAAAGGGAUACACGCCUCUCCAUCAAGCGGUGAUCGCUAGAAACCAAAGGAUAUUCGAUCUGCUAUUGCAGCAGCCUAAUUUGGAUACUAAUUUACGUACAAUAUCCGAUGAGCACCCGCCGUUGUAUUACGCGUUAGUCGAUGAUAGGCGAGCGUCGAUAUCAUCUAGCGAGACCUUAGUAAUGAAUGGGUCUAACCCGUUCGAUACGCCCGUCACGAAUAAAGACGCGUUUACAGAAGAUCCAAUCGAGGGGAAAUCUGAUCAAGUCGUUGAGAGAUUCUUCGCUGCUAAACUCCUUGAGAAAGGAUGUCAACCAAAUCCAUUGUAUUCGAGCAACGGUGAUAGUCUCUUACAUAUUCUGGCCCAAGGAUGGUUCGAGGAUUCAGCUGUAUUCCUAACAUCUCAUUUAAACGGCGAUUUGAACCACAGCAACGAAGCGGGUUUCACAGCUCUACACUCAGCGUGUUCUAACGGUCUCACGAGACUGACAUCCGCCUUACUAGAAAACGGAGCCAGACCGAACUUACAGACGGCGUACGGUGAACAUGAUGACACAGUGUACAGGCAAGCUGCACUCCAUCUGGCCGUGUUGAAUAAUCACGAGGGAUGUGUACUGGCGAUAAUAGAACAUAAGAAGCUUGUAGAGAGAGGUGAACUGCCAGCCAAUGAUAGGUCCAACGUGAGUCUGAUACCGAACUUAAACAUGAAGAACUCUGAAGGGGACACCGCCGUCAGUCUAGCACUGUCUGAAGGUCAUAAACAUCUGGUAGCACCGUUGAUUGAGGGCGGAGCGGAUCCCAAUAUACGUAACGGAAAAGGUUUUACGUUACUUCAUCAGGCCAUAGUCGAGGAGGAUUCUAGGACUUCCAUCUACUUGUUGGACCACGGAGCUGAUAUGAAUGCUUUAACCGAUGCAGGCGAGACUCCCCUCCAGCUAGCUAUCCAUUGUCGCCUUGGUUUGGUCGUAGAGGCGUUAUGUGUUCGUGGUGUGGACAUGAGCCGUCUUGACGCUCACGGUGUACCGCCGCUAUGGGCAGCCCUCGACUCCGGGCAGGAGGAAGUGGCCAGUAUUCUAGUUCGUAAUGGCGCGGAUGCUGACUGCUGGGGGCCCGGUCCUGAUGGAUGUCUACAAACAUUGUUACACAAGGCAAUAGACGAGAACAAGGAGUCCCUAGCGACAUUCCUAAUUCGGUCGGGUUGUGAUGUGGAGAGUUCUCGCCGGCCGGGCGCUGGUGGGGAAGGCGGAGACCUAGCCGCUGACAAACAGGCCCCGUUACAUCUCUGCUGCACAUGGGGCCUCACAGAUGUCAUACAAACAUUGUUGGAACACGGUGCAAAUAUUAACUCCAAAGACGCUGAAGGCAAGACUCCGCUCCACAUCGCUAUAGAGAAUCAACACGCGGCUAUCAUAUCAUUAUUACUCUCUCAGCCAGGGAUUGACUUGUCUGUAAGGGAUAAUAAAGGGGUGACACCCUUCGCAGCUGCACUCACUGCUAGAAACAAUAAAGCGGCUCAAGCCAUCCUAGAGAAGAAUCCUUCGGCUGCUGAACAGGUGGACAAAAAAGGUCGUAACUUCCUCCACGUGGCUAUCCAGAAGUGUGAUAUGGAGAGUGUCAUGUUCCUGUUGUCAGUAGAAGUGGAUGUUAACUCUAGGGUCCAGGACUCGACACUAGCGCCGCCAUUACACCUGGCGGCGGCCGUCGGCAACGAGGUGCUUCUGAGGAGUCUCCUGCUGGCGGGAGCGAGACCCAACGAUAGAGACGCUCAUAAACGUACAGCUCUCCACGUGGCCGCAGCGUCCGGUCAAGCGGGGAUCGUAUCAGCGUUGGCGAGUGGUGGUGCGGAGUGCGGGGCUCCAGACGCAGCAGGAGACAACGCCCUGCAUGUUGCCGCGAGGGAGGGACAUGCGGCUGCUGCUCGCGCCCUCCUCGCUGACACAGACAUAGACGCGGCCGCUACCAACCUCAAAGGCCGUAAUCCACUACACGAACUAUGUUGGUGCAAGAAGGACAACGCAGCGGCCAUAUGCGAGAUAUUUUUGGAAUUUAUGCCAGACUACCCGAUCAACAGGACUGAUUUACAGGGUAACACGCCACUACUACUGGCUUAUAUGAACGGCCAGGGUGCGGUCUGUAGAGUGUUGGUUAGAGCUGGAGCGUGUCUAGCAAUGGAGAAUAAAGAAGGCAUCUCUAUAUUUAAUUAUCAGGUGGCAACAAAACAGCUGUUGCAUCGUCUUCUGGACGCUCUGCCAAGCGAGGCUCCUUGGGCUGACAGCGACCUCUGUCAGGAGUGUGGCACAAAGUUCACACUCACCAUGCGCAAACAUCAUUGCCGCCAUUGCGGUCGAAUGCUGUGUAACAAAUGUUCCAGUCAAGAUAUACCGAUACUCAAGUUUGGUAUGAACAAACCUCAAAGGGUCUGCGAAAUAUGCUUCAAUGUUCUACAAGUCGGCGCUAGUUAG